UCAUGCCAGAACAGCUGGUCUUUUGCGGUAACUGAAAAUGUGGACUAGCUCAGUGAUAUAAAAUCACGUUCAACUGAAGGUAAACAUUUAGUUUAUCGCAAUGUGGCGAUCGGAGAGUGCAAGAAUGGAAUGGGCUCGACUGCAAUUCCUGUUGCUUGUUUACACCUAUCUCUACUCCCUCGCUGAUUGCCUUUUUGUGACUGAUUAUUUCACCCGGACGCCUCGCAAACUGAAUGCUUUCCGGUCAUUUGCCAGCGUAGAGUUAUUCCACUUUAAUGUGCCUGAUGACACCAUGAUUGCUGUCUGGAAUCUCAUCACAUUCAAGGAGCAGGGGGCCACAUUUGGAGACAGCUGCCCUGAUCGCAACGUGACUGUGUAUUUCAGAUCUGGAGCCCCACCUGUGAUCAACCCUCUGCACACCCGAUUCCCUCGUGACACCAUCAUUCCUGGCUCAUUUGCAGUCACAUUGACAUGGACGCUGCCCAAUCGAACAACUGGAGUCUUUAAUGUUACUAGUCCUCUUCCAGGAGACUGGUUUCUGGCUGCACAUUUACCAAAGGAUGAUGGGAAAAUUUCUGUUAAGGGCCUCUCCGAGGAAUGCCAGUACCUCUUCCAGCCCCAGCUCAUUGUGCAGAAGCUGAUUGGAGUUUCUGUGCUGUAUCCUGGAUACUUCAUUGAUCAGGUGGUCCCUGUUCGCAACAGAUCUGUUCUUUACAAGGUUUUCAUUCCAAACUACAGCUCCAGCGUGAAGGUACAGCUUGUGGACUGUAACACGAGGAACAGGAGCACAGACAGGUGCCCAGUGACAGUGAAGGUCAGGGCCAGGGCACCCCCGCUACAUAAUUCUACCUCCCGCAACUGCCGUGAGUGGAGCUCCUGUGAUCUGGAAACCCCUCUGCCUCCCUGGGAGCAGUGGUAUUAUAUCCUGGUGGAGAGGAACCUAAACAAUGUCAACGUCUACUUCCGAAUAGGGGUCCAGGUCAAAGAUUGUUCCAAACCCAGUGUUUUAAAGGGAUCCUCAGCAAACUCUGCUCUGAAUAUGCCUCAGUCCUUUGGUACUGCCAUGGGCUUUUCCAUGUCUGAGACACUGCCAGCAGCAAGUUUAGCUAACCUCAUUCAGAAUGGUUCUGAAAAAGUGUCCGUCGUCAUGUCCGAGGAGAGCAUCGCUUACUUAGCCCCAACAGCAGACAGCAAUAAGUGCUGGCCCAUCAGACCAACGCUGCGGAAUGAACUGGAUACCUUCUCUGUGCACUUCUAUAUUUUCUUUGGGCCCAACAUUUCUGUUCCACCAGAUAGGGCUGCAGUGUUUUCUAUAAACUUGAUGCCUGUUCUUGACAGUGGAGGUGUUCUCAAUAUGGAGCUGAAGCUCAAUGUGUCUUCAUUGAAAGGAGAGAACGUCACAGUGUUCGGCUGUUUAAACCAUAGAAUGCCCCUGCCAUUAUCUGAAAAUUCCACAGUUAAAUGUGAAUCUGAGUCCAUUGCUGGGUUCAUUCUCUCAGUGAAUGCCACCUCCAACAUCACCAAGCUGCGAAUUCCCUACCCUCAGACAGGCACUUGGUAUCUGAGCCUACGCUCCCUCUGUGCCACAGAACAUGGCAGGUUUGAAAGUUGCAACAAUAUCACAGCAGAAGUGUACUUACGGUCAUACCUCACACCCUGCAUCAAUGAUUGUGGAACAUAUGGACAGUGCAAACUACUCCGCACCAACAAUUACCUGUAUGCAGCGUGUGAAUGCAAAGCAGGCUGGGAUGGUUGGGGCUGCACUGAUAACUCGGAGGCGUACUCCUACGGAUUCCAGCUGCUCUCCACCCUGCUGUUAUGCCUGAGCAACCUGAUGUUUGUUCCGCCUGUGGCCAUCGCCAUUCGAAGCAGUUACCUGCUGGAGGCCUCUGUAUACAUCUUCACAAUGUUCUUCUCGACUUUUUACCAUGCCUGUGACCAACCUGGCAUUGUAGUCUUCUGCAUCAUGGAGUAUGAUGUCUUGCAAUUCUGCGACUUCCUUGGGUCACUGAUGUCAGUGUGGGUUACCGUCAUUGCUAUGGCCAGGCUUAAGCCAAUCUUCAAGCAGGUGCUGUACUUGCUGGGAGCGAUGCUGCUGUCUAUGGCUCUGCAGCUAGACAGGCAUGGGCUGUGGAACCUUCUCGGACCCAGCCUGUUUGCUCUCGGUAUUAUGGCUGUUGCUUGGACCGUGCGAACCAUCCGGAGGCGACGUUGCUACCCGCCCACCUGGAAGAGAUGGGUCUUCUUCUUAUUUCCCGGCACCAUGAUCGCCACCUCUGCCGUAGCUCUUUAUGCUUUUGUGGAGACAGAAGAGAACUAUUUCUAUAUCCACAGCAUUUGGCAUAUGCUGAUUGCAGGCAGCGUGGGCUUCUUACUCCCGCCCCGUGCAAAGCCCAGUGUUACGGCCACACCAAUGAAGAGAAGAAGGGGAUGUGGCUAUCAGCUAUGUGUCAAUGAACAUGAAGAGAUGGGCCUGGUGGAUCCAGCCAUCAUCUCCAUCAACAGCAUCUGCACAAGUUGAUACUCUUGGCUCCAAAGAUUAUUACUGCCUUUUUUUAUUUUGAAAUAAAAUGGAAAAAAGCCAGACGUUGUAACAAAUGUUGUAAAUAAUGAAAACAAAAACUGAAUUUUAUUAUUAUUAUUAUUAUUAUUAUUGUGAGUGUGGCAUUUUUGUACAUAUACUGUACAUUUACAUUCUAAGCUGAACACUGCUGCUACUUGACAGUAACUGUAAAAUUGUGUAAUUUAUUGACAUUUCAUGUUUUCUAGACCAAACCAAAUGUUGAAGUGCAUUUGGAAGGAGGCGCGGCGUCAGUAUAUAUAAAUAUCUUCUCAUGGGAUUCACAGCAAUGUGAUAAUGUACAUAUACAUAUAUCCUGUAUGUAUAUGUAUUAAUAUAAAUAUUCAAUGUCUGUAUAACUGUGAGUAAUACCCGUGUUUUGUGGUCUGUUGGAUUAUUUGCUAGAUUGUUGUAUAUGGUUUUAAAGCUUUGGAUGUGUCAUGUAUACCGUGUCUUUGGAUUUAGAAAGGCAGCUGUUUACAGUCAGUAAGUAAGGGCAGAUUUAUUUUUAAAAUCUCAGAAGAACAGCUCUACAUUGUCUUACCUCCAAAUGGAUCAGGUGCAUUUUCAUACCACUAUCAGAGUAAACACAAAAUAUACAUAUACAGGUGCUCCUUGCUUUAUGGUGAUUUUACAGCAUUGCACAUUCAAUAUCUGUUCCCAGGGUAGCGAAAUGCCACACGAUACCGAUGCUGGAUGAUGGCUGCAUCCAUCCAGUCAUGCUUCCAGAUUCAUACAGUGUUUCACAAUGUAUCAUACCCUGUUUUUUUGUGUUUAACCAAAUAUGUACUUAUUCUAAGACAGUAAUUAUUUAUUUACUUAUCAUACCAUUCAAGCUUAAUUUAAGAUAUUUUCAGCUUACAAUGGAUUAAUUGGACUGUAGCCCCAUUGUCUGUUGAGGAGCAUCUGUAUUUCCAUCUGGGGUGGAGCCUACCCCAGGCAGCAGUGGCCACUAGGCUGGGGAAGACUCUGGAUGAACUGCAAGACCCUCCAGUGGCAUAUACGCGCACACACUCGCACUCUAUAGGCAAAUUGGCCUAACUGUAUGUCUUUGGACUUUGGGGGGAAACCAGAGAACCCAUUAGAAACCUGUACCCAAGGGGAGAACAUGCAAACUCCACACACAGUGGAUUAGAGGCAGAAAUGAAACCCCCAACCCUAUAAGUGUGAGGACACCAUGCCACCCUUUAUAUGUGAGUUUUCAUGAUUUAUCCUUUUCCUCCUCAAUGAAACAUCAGUGGACUGCACUGAGUAAUAAGACAAUAGAAACAGUGCAGAAAUGAGCUCCAUGAGCUUUAUGGCAUAUAUGGGAAAAGAACCUGUCAACAUUGCACUCAGUAAUAAACAGUUUAUUAUCAGAAUCUUUCUCUGAAAAUGUAAUGCUAAAUUUGGUCCUGUCUAUGGUAAGGGAUCACAGUUCACACACCGCACACAUACAUAUGCAUACUGACAAAUCAUAGCAAAAUAAUACAGCCUCUCCCCAGGUUAAGAUGGGCUUAUGUUCCGAUAAAUAUUAAGGUGAAAAAAUUAUAAGGUGAGAAUGCAUUUUAAUACAGUACACCUAACCUAACAAACAUCAUAGCCUAGCCUAGCCUACCUUAAAAUCAUGCAUAGAGCACUAACAUUAGCCUACAGUUCGGCAAAAUCAUUCACUCAAAGCCUAUUGUAUAAUAAAAUGUUGGAUAUCUUGUGUAAUUUAUUGAAUAAUGUACUUAAAGUGAAAAACAUUCACCCCUCAAAUAUCCUAACUCAGACCAUUGUUACCCAAGGAGCGUCUGUAUAUAUGUGCCUGAUUUUCAGGUCUAGUGUUCAAUGCUGAAAACAUCCAUACUUGUAAAAAUAUGAAAUAUGUAUAAUUAUUAUAAUCUUUCAAAACUGUACACUAUUGAAAAUACUACCUGAUAAUAUCACUUCCCAUAUAAGUACAUGCUUUUUGCUACCAACCCUAAAUUUUGAUGGUGGAAAUGCUUUUGCUGAAUGAAGCAUUUAUAAUGAACUUAAGUAAUUUUAUAAAAUUGGUGCUUACAUCUGAAACACAUGAGCUGAUAAUUAUUUGUUAAUAUGUACAGUUAAUCAUCUAAGAGAUAUGUUGUUUAUGUGAUAAGCUGUGAUGCAAAGCUUCUUUAAGUACUUGUUCAUCUUAAAGAGUGUUACUGAGGGAUUAACUGAAGAACGUCUGUUACAAUUAUUUGAAAAUUACAGCCACAAGUGACACAAACAUUUGUGAUUCUAAAUGUUACAUAUUAAUGAGGAAAAAAAUUAUGGUAAAAAUGAUGAGAAGAAAAACACUGGGUUUUAAAUAAGCCUUUAAGUAUAUUUAUGUGUCGUGGACAUUUUGUAGGUCUGGCUGGCAAACAGCUUGCACUAUGGUUUCUGGGAUAAAAUGUAAGUCUGAAUUUCUUUUAGAAUGUUUUUUAUAUAUCUGUCACACCUGAAAUGUCACAACUGAGAACAUGUUCUGAAAGCAAACAACUACAGUGAAGCAAUGAUUAUUUCACAAACCAAAUGGCUUUUAUUUCCAAUGUGGAACUCAAUUACAGGUAAGGAAGUAAUUCACAACAGACAAACGUAUCCUAACACAGACAGGGGCUUUCAUUCAGUUUGUAUGACUAAGAGACCAUUUAGAUGAGAACAUAUGUGUAAUUCAACAGUAUUAAAUCAGAAAGAGCAAGUGGGUUUAUGAAAAUGCAAAAAAGAUUAAAAAAAGCAUGAAUUUCAAUCUCUUCUCUAAAUGUUAAAGCCUUUUGAAAUUUACUUUUUCAUAAUCCAAAGAUCAGUUGUUAAAAUAGCAAAGCAGGUAUGCAGCUUUCUAUUAGAAAUUUUUGUUUAAAAUUAAUUCAGAAUUUUUGCAUUAAAGCAUUUCAUAAAAAUAUGGCAGGUAUUCACUCUCCUGCUUCCAAACAGUAGUACCUCAGAGGUUAAAGUGCAUGGACAGGCUUCAUAAUUUGUAUUAUAAUUUAUUUGCUUUUCUAAGUUAAAUUUAGAAAUAUAUAAAACGGGUGCUUCAUUUUCAAAUACCUAAUAACUGCCAAAACCAGACAUAUCCUGUGAGGUAGCAAUUGUUUACGUGUCACUGCACAUUGCACUAAAUUUCCACAUUCAGAUCAAACCAUUUUUUUUUCUAAUUUUCACUUGAGUGUUUUAAUGUUUUUAUACUGUUGUGUAAUAUUCUUGAUUUCAGUAAUACAGUAUGUUUCUAUGUCAAACUGUAAAUAAAAAACAUUGAGUUUUA